GAGCGAUACAAGACAACUAGCCUGAGCAGACCUUUUGAAAACAGCGGGGUUGUGGAUAAAAAUAGUGAAAAUUCCGAGCUAGACCCCAUCGAAGAGGAGCUGUCCAGUAGUCUGUUGCAGUCUUUACCAGGGAGUUGAGACCACGAUGAACGGUGACUCGAGCGCCGGGGUGGUGACAGCCCCGCCACCCACCACGGCCCCGCACAAGGAGCGCUACUUUGACCGUGUGGACGAGAGCAGCGCAGAGUACCAGCGUGAGAGGAACAUGGCCCCCGACCUGCGGCAGGACUUCAACAUGAUGGAACAGAGGAAGAGAGUGUCCAUGAUCCUGCAGAGUCCGGCCUUCUGUGAAGAGCUGGAGACAAUGAUCCAGGACCAGCUGAAGAAGGGGAAAAACCCCACCAGCUUGCUUGCCCUACAGCAGAUUGCCGACUACAUGACCACCAGCAUCCCCACCAUGUACCCAGCAACACCUCAGGGGGGCAUGGCUGCCCUCAAUAUGAGCCUGGGCAUGGUGACCCCGGUGAACGAUCUCCGCGGCUCAGACUCCAUUGCUUACGAGAAGGGCGAGAAACUGCUGCGCUGCAAGCUGGCUGCCUUCUACCGCCUCACCGACCUCUUCAGCUGGUCACAACUCAUCUACAACCACUUAACAGUCAGACUGAACUCGGAGCAGGAGCGUUUCCUGAUUGUCCCCUUCGGCCUCCUGUACAGCGAGGUCUCUGCAUCCAGUCUGGUGAAAAUCAAUCUUCAAGGGGAGAUUGUGGACCGAGGGAGCACCAAUCUGGGGGUGAACCAGGCCGGAUUCACACUCCACUCAGCCAUUUACGCGGCUCGGCCCGAUGUCAAGUGCAUCGUGCACGUCCACACCCCCGCCGGAGCUGCGGUGUCGGCCAUGAAAUGCGGCCUGCUGCCCAUCUCUCCAGAGGCGCUGUCCCUCGGGGAAGUGGCCUACCAUGACUACCACGGAAUCCUUGUGGACGAGGAGGAGAAUGUGCUGAUACAGAAGAAUCUGGGUCCCACAAGCAAGGUUCUUAUACUGAGAAACCAUGGACUGGUGGCCGUUGGGGAGACUGUGGAGGAAGCCUUUUACUACAUUCAUAACCUGGUCACUGCUUGCGAAAUUCAGGUGCGCACUAUGGCCAGCGCGGGGGGUCCUGAGAACCUGGUCAUGCUGGACCCAGGGAAGUACAAGGCCCGGCCCCGCUGCUCCGAGCCCGUCGGCGAUGGCACCAGCUCCCAUCCCAAGUGGCAGGUCGGGGAGCAGGAGUUUGAGGCACUCAUGAGGAUGCUGGAUAACCUGGGGUACAGAACAGGAUACCCCUACCGGUGCCCUGCGCUGCGUGACAAAGCUAAAAAGUACAGUGACGUAGAGAUCCCCCCGUCCGCCACGGGGUACUCCUAUGCGGAGGACAGUGAGUCAGGCGCGCGCUCUCCUCUCAAGCACAGCUUUCAGAGGCAGCAGCGCGAGAAGACUCGGUGGCUCAACUCGGGCCGGCCCGACGAGGCCUAUGAAGAAGGCCCGGACGGCGGCAGCCCCAAGGCGAAGACUAAGGUGUGGACGAACAUUACACACGAUCACGUGAAACCCUUGCUGCAGUCUCUCUCGUCCGGUGUCUGCGUGCCAAGCUGUAUUACCAACUGCUUGUGGACUAAGGAGGAGGGGCUUCGACAGGCUGCGGUGGCCAAUCAGUUUGUCCCCCUGAACACAAACCCCAAAGAGGUCCAGGAGAUGAGGAACAAGAUCCGAGAACAGAACCUUCAGGACAUCAAAACGGCGGGGCCCCAGUCCCAGGUGCUGUGCGGAGCCGUGGUGGACCGCUCCUUUGUGCAGAGAGUUACGGUGUGGCAGGACGCUCCUCUGUCUGACUGUACGGACACUAUUGAUGGCCUCGAUCUCUCAGAGCAGGCCAAAAGCCCUGCUAAGUCUUUUAGAAAGGGGGAGCUGGUGACAGCGUCCAAAGCCAUCAUCGAGAAGGAGUACCAGCCCCGCGUCAUCGUCAGCAAGACCGGACCAAACCCUUUCAACAAGCUGACUGACCAGGAGCUGGAGGAGUACCGCAGGGAAGUGGAGCUCAAACAGAGGGGUCAAGAAGCACAGGGGGAAGAGGCCUGCACCACGUACCUCUCUUGCCCCUCAGAAGUGCCCACACUGACCCUCAGUCAAGACGAGGGCGAGGAGCUUCCUGUCUUUGAACCCCCUGCCGCCCCCUGCUCCUCUGCUAACUCCAUCCAGGGCACGAGGGCGGAGUCCGGCCAGGGCAGCACGGCCUCUAGGACGCCCAUGCCGGGCGAGGGGGACACGCUGGACUCGCCCCACAAGGAGUUUCACAUUGCCGUCCUGCGUGCACUGAGCACCAACUCGGAGCUCAUGAGCGAGGCUCCAGACCAGUUACAGGACACUGUGGAAGAGGUGAAAGGUCAGAGCCCGACCUGCACCCCACCCAGCACCCCAGUCAGAGCAGAGGAAGAAUCCCAGCAGGAGCAGACUUACAAGGAUGAGAGUGACGCCGCCACUUUAAGACAGACGCUCCCUGACCUGACCCCGGACGAACCCUCUGAAGCCCCCGCCUUCCCCCCUGAUGAAGCCCCUGCCCCCAGUGAGACUGAGCAGCCGCCCCAGCCCGAGGACCAGGAGCCCCCGGCUGCCUCCGAUGCGCCCGACGCACCGGAGGCGCCCGAGGUACCCGAGGCGCCUGAGGUGCCCGAGGACACCGCGGCGGCGGCCGACCAGGGCAGCGACGAAUCGCCCAGCAAGUCCCCAUCCAAAAAGAAAAAGAAGUUCCGCACUCCCUCCUUCCUGAAGAAGAACAAGAAGAAGUCCGAGUCCUAAAGCUCUAUCUCUGGGGGCAACAGGCCACACCUUUGAAUUUUGAUUAUUUUACUCGUUUGGCUUAUCUAGUGUUCACCUCUAGUGUGUGCCAAUUUUUAAAAAAGGGUCAGAUUGCCUAAGAUUUUAACACAGUCGCUUUUAGUGGUGAAUGACUGCAUUAUGUCUGGUCAAGUGCAGUUCUGUGGCUUGUUACGCAUGUCUAUUUAGGUCCACACUUGAAGUGAGCAGUAGAGUUUUAUUUACAUUAUUUUGAGUAUUACUAAACCCAAUUAACCACUAGUAUGUCUUGGGAUUGUAUCAAAAGUGUCUUUUUAAACAAGGAAUGCAAAAAAAGCUUUUAUUAUGUCAUUUACCUGGUGAUGAUCUAUGAUCUUAAAACUAUAGACAAAAUGCACGGUGCUAAUUCUUGAUGUCCAAUAGCAUUGAACCUUUUCGUUCUGGCACUAAAGGUGAUUUAGGGGUCCAAGGAAGGCUUUCCUUCUCUAUAUAAAAAUAUAGGAUAUCAUGGCCAUGGCCUAGUUAGACUACCAUUUAUACUCCAUAUUUAUAUACUCCAAUGUAUUACUUCAGACUUAAAUACACUUAAAUUAAAACAUUUUAUGGAUAUGUUCCGAAUUGGAAAAGCACUGAGUCAGUAAAUUUAAAUGACAUCUCCCAAAGGUAUACCAAGAAUAGUCAUCGUGAAAGAUGGUUUCUAUGGCCCUGCUUGCCAGGAAACCAGGGGUGUGGCAGCAAUAUUUUAUCCUUCUUUCCCAUCUAUCAGUGAUAGUUUUAAUGCUAGAGAUGCUUAAGUCUCAGAAACAACAUAGUUUUCUCUUUGCCCUCCUGCAGGAAAAGCAUCUAUAGGAAUACAAACCUGCAACUAAUGUAUUUCUUGUUUUCUCUUUUGUUUUGUAUUUCUUUUUAUUUACUAAGGUAGGUUCAUAAUCGGUUUGACUUGUGUGGAGCUAUUGUGUUGCCUAUAUUGCGUCCUGAGCCAUCAUGUCAACACAUUGGAAGUCUUGCUGAAAUCAUCUAUAAUCAUAAGUAUUAAGGCGGAGGUGUGUUUUCACAGCGUUUCCAAAAACCACUGGUUUCUGAAACCAAGGAACAGAUACGUUCAUCUUUAGGAGGCGUAUACAUAAAGCUAGCUGCACAAAAAAUGGGGAGAGCGACAUUAGACUUUUGUAAAGAAUAACAUGUGGUGCCUUCCUGUGACUGCAAGUCCAGCCCGUAUCUGUUUAUCAGUUUUUCUCCAUCUUGUAUGGCUGUGCAUUUGAAGCCAGAGCAAGACAUGGCUGAAUACUGCACACAUCAGAUAUGUGCUAGCCUCUGUUGUUUGGCCCCACCCUUUUCUGAUGUGUCAUUGAAUGACUGACAAAAAGAGCCCAUCCUGGGGGUGGAGAGAACGGAAUCGCAUAUCUCGGCUUGGACGUCUUUCAUUCAAAUAAGAGUUUUUCCCCCUCCCUUUGGAAGAUUUAAGGAACCAUGUAUACACACGAGGAGACAAGGCAGCAAAGGUGAUCUGUGAACACUAGAUAAGUAGGUAUUCUUCAUCAUUAAUGUAAAGAUAGUCUAGAGAUAAAUAAAACAUUUCUUCUCAUACAGAAGAAAUGCUACAUAUAUGGUGAAGCAGCAUAGUUUCAUCCUGUUACAUUUUCCGUCUUCCCAUUUCUUUGGUUAUGUCUCUUCCAUCACGACUUAAUGCAUUGUCCGGAAGACGAUAGAAACAGGAAGUUUAUAUAACAAGAAAAAAGGGACAUUUUCAAUCUGUACCAUGGAGUGAGUUCACAUGGUCACUGAUGCAAUCUCAUACUGUCCUUUUUUAUGCUCCUCAAAAAGCAUUUGGGAUCUUGCUUAGUUGCUGUGAGUUUUUUUUUCUGUGAAAGCAUGUUGAAGCACCUAAAAUACCACUGCCUGGCAUUUUUAAAAAAAUUACACUUUGGCUUUGAAAAGCAAACUGAGGCUAAAAUAGGAUUCUAGACAAUGAUGCCUCACGCAAGCUGAACUGCUGCCCCACCACGCCACCUAAAAGUUUCUAAUGAAUCCUGAAAUGAUAAACUUGAAAGAGGUCCAUUUUAAUCACUCUGACACAAUGACAUUAACAACAGUAACAAGUAACAGCUGAGGCAAAGUAACACUAUGGCAUAUAGAAAUUGGGCAGACAUUGAUACUAGAUCAGUGUCAAUCACAUUUGGUCUGUGUGAAGCUUGGUAAAAAACCACUAUAAAUCUGUUCUAUAAUUUUUUGCAAAACAGUAACAGAAAACGUGUUUCUUGAAGGACUGCAUGGCAUAAAAAGGCUUUGAGCUUGUAUAGUUUGUCUUCUGUACAUUAAGAUUGUAACCCUCUUUCCUUUGCUAUAUUGUGCUUAAUUGACAUGUUUAAGUAAUAACAGUACUAAGACAUCUGUCAAAUUUCAGUUGUCACUUAGAUGUUGAGUUCUGUUUUACAAAUGCAGUUACUUUAAAUCUCUUACUUGUACUCUCUGCACUAUUUUCAGUACCUCUGUGUUACACAGUACCAUCUCUGUCACAGCGCUUUUUUUCAUGGCACUGUUAUUUCAUCCAUGAAUAAAAAAAUCUUCAAUUAAAA